UAUGAAAUGACAAUUUAACAACGGCCUAGUCAGUUUCAUUUGCGAUAAAUUGAUCAAUUUGCGUAAAUUUAUUUUAUUCAAUGGUUUAUUACUGUAAACGACGUAUGCGAUGAUCUAUAAACAACAUGGGAAACGUCUUUUAUCUCGAUUGCAUAUGUUUGUGUGUGAACUCUGAUAUUUGUUGGGAUGGAUCUGUUUGAAAAUGUAAAAACAUGACUACUACUACUACAGCAGCGACAGAAAUAGUAAAAGCGGUGGAAUUUGGUUACGUUAACUACAUUUUAAUUGCUGUAAGCAGCGCGCUUGGACUGGCGUUUGUUGUUGGCGUUAUUGCCAUCAUUUACAAAGAGAUAAGCAGGCGACACAAUGCCAAACUCAUGGAUUUCAAACAGAAACUAAACAUCAGACGUAAAGGAAUAAGUGGCGGGUCGGCUUUACGUCGUGGAAUUUCAACAGAAAGUAUGACGCCGUCGGAAAUGACGUCAUAUAUCCAGUUGACAGAGACGCCGACGUCAUUGAGAUCCAGCUCCGCAUGGACGCCAAGCCCCGUGACCAGAAACAGCUGUAGUGAUACACCCACUUCGGGCAACUUUUCGCUAUGAACUUUUAGUAUGAAUUCAUAAACUGAUCAUGGAUUUUCAAUCCGCAAAUAGCGUACAAAAAUGAGAACUAUGAAGUAUUUCAUGUUUAUAUUUUGCGACUCGAAGAAACUGAUAGCCUUCUUAACUACUGUCGUUGCAUUGGUUUAUAUACACAUUGACAUAUUCUAGUGCCUUUUCUAAUAUAUUUUAUUUUGACCCCAUUUCGUGCCAAAAUAUAAAUUUAUAUGGUACAUUGUAUGUUCAAUGUAUUAUGAUUCUAGUUUACUGGAAAUUCUUUGUCGAAUCACGGGAUUUCAGACCAUGUAUCGGAUGUCUCAAUUUGAAUAAAAUUCAGCUUAACUGUAA